AAAGCUAAACACGCACAGUUAGACAGAGAACCCAUCAGCGUGUCCACCGCUGCAGCGGCAGGUGGUCACUGCGUGCCCCGUUCUUUGCAGUUUGUAAGGCGGAUUAUUGACAUGUUUUCUCCUUAGACCUCGCAGAUCCUCGGGAGUAAAAUGGAUGGAGCAGAAUAAGUUCUUGAAAAAGCACUCAGUUCUUUUUACUUCUUCUUAAGAAGGCGAAAAGUGAAGACAACUUUUUUUGCGUGUUGGCGUGCGUAAUGCUCUCCGUGUAGAGAUCGUUGUCACGUAACGUAUUCUUUGAUUCAUUCUUUUAUCAUUUAAAUUUUAUUUUUUUCAAGAAGCGUCACACUGCUAAUUAUGGCAUUCGCAAAGUUUAGUAAAAUUAUCCUAAAGAAGAAACUCAAACAGUAUGAGCACGUCAGCCGAGACGUGAACCCUAAUGACAUAUGGGAGAUAGUUGGAGAGCUGGGAGACGGCGCGUUUGGGAAGGUUUACAAGGCCUGUAACAAGGAGACUGGGGUUCUGGCUGCAGCCAAAGUGAUUGAGACAAAAUGUGAGGAGGAGCUGGAAGACUACAUGGUGGAGAUUGACAUCCUGGCUAAAUGUGACCACCGCUACAUCGUCAAGCUCCUCGAUGCGUUUUACUAUGAGAACAAACUCUGGAUCAUGAUUGAAUUCUGCGCUGGAGGUGCUAUGGAUGCUAACAUGCUAGAGUUGGAUCGUGGACUAACUGAGAAACAGAUCAGAGUGGUCUGUCGGCAGAUGUUAGAGGCUCUAAACUACCUCCACCAUAUGAAGAUCAUCCACAGAGACCUGAAGGCUGGUAACGUCCUCCUCACCCUGGAAGGGGACAUCAAACUGGCGGAUUUUGGCGUCUCUGCAAAAAAUACCAAAACGUUACAGAGGAGAGAUUCUUUCAUUGGGACGCCAUAUUGGAUGGCUCCAGAGGUGGUGAUGUGUGAGACGAUGAAGGACGCUCCUUACGACUACAAGGCCGACAUCUGGUCUCUUGGAAUCACGUUGAUUGAGCUCGCACAAAUCGAACCCCCUCACCAUGAGCUCAACCCAAUGAGGGUCCUGCUGAAGGUCGCCAAGUCAGAACCCCCAAUGCUGGAUCAGCCUAGUAAAUGGUCGAGGGAUUUUAAUGACUUCUUGAGGAAAGCUUUGGAUAAGAACCCAGAGAUUCGCCCCAGUGCAGCACAGCUGUUGGAGCACCCUUUUGUGAAGACGGUGACCUCCAACCGUCCACUGAUAGAGCUGGUGGCCGAGGCCAAAGCUGAGGUCAUGGAGGAAAUCGAAGACAAUAGAGAGGAAGGAGAGGACGAUGACACAAUGGAUCUCAUUGAGCCACCAGAAAAGGAGCCAUGCCAGACAAGUCAGACCAGUUUGGAUGAAGAUCAGUCGGCGGACACUCCAAGCCCCACCACACCUUCACCUGUACCUUUACCCAGGAGACUGGCUCGGCCCGGCAUGCCAGCAGAGGAACACCAAGCCUCAGUGCCUGUCCCCUUGCCACGCUUCGCCGUCUCUCACAAAGAUCCAGAGGAGGUGGGGCGCCGGCUGGCUGAUGAGGUACUGGAGUCUGAGAAAGCUGAGAGCGAGGCCUCAACAAAGACCUCCAGCUCCGACUCUGGCAUUGAGGAUGGAAAGAUUACCCCCACAAUGGAGGAGGAGAAGGCGGCUUUAGAGACACCAGAGAAUGAACAGUCACCCCCAUAUGAGACGACUACAGAAAAAAUUGACAUUAUGAUCAGCCAGCACAUACCAAGGGUCCAUAUAUCUGAGGAAGGGAUGACUGGCAUCAGAGACUCACCCACUCCAAGCUCGACUCCCAACAUGACUCCUGGGUCCACUCCCACCCCAUCCUUUGCUGCUUCCCCGGUACCACAGACUCACGAUACCCUGAACGACACAAUAAGCAAAGGAAUGGCAGAUCGUCCGUCGAUAGGAAGGAGCGCGGAGCCGGCCUUGCCGCAAGCCAACGGAAGGAAUCACAAUCGGAACUCGUUAACAGGCAGCAUGGGAUCAGACAGCAUGUCGAUUAAACAGGAGAACUUCACCAUACCUGCAAGAGACUUUUCCAGCAAGACCCUAAAGCGAACCAGAAAGUUUGUUGUGGAUGGCGUGGAGCUGGAGGUGACCACUUCAAAGAUCAUCCGGGACGAUGAGAAGAAAGAUGAGGAGAUGAGAUUUCUGAGGCGUCAGGAGCUGCGUGAGCUCCGUUUGCUGCAGAAGGAAGAGCAACGCGCUCAGGCUGUUCUCAACGCAAAGCUGGAAUCCCAGAAGGAACAAAUCCAGAAACGCUUUGACCAGGAAAUACAUGCCAAGAAGAAGCAUUUUGAUACAGAGCUGGAGAAUAUGGAGAAACAUCAGAAGCAAACUAUUGAGAAGAUAGAGACAGAUCACAGCAUUAAACUCAAGGAAGAAACCAAACGCAUCAAAACAGAGCAAGACCGAGAAUACCACAAAUUCAUGGAUCAACUAAAACAUAAGAAGAAGGAGGUUAAACAUUCAGUUGACAAGAUGCCUCGGAGUGAGCGUAAAGACACCUUAAAGCAACGCAUGAGCUUCUUCCAGGAAACAAAGCUGAAACAGGAGGAGAAAUUUGUGGCGGACCAGAAAAACUUCCUAGAUACAACACUGAAAAUGAUCCUCUCCAACAACAAGAGGGAGAUCGCAGAAACUGAGAGAGAAUGUCUCAACAAGAAGCAAGAGCUCAUCAGAGAGCGAGAGGCCACAUUAUGGGACAUGGAGGAGAAGAACCUCUUAGACAAACACCAGCUAUUGAAGCAGCAAAUGAAAGACCAGUACUUCCUUCAGAGGCAUCUACUCCUAAAGAAACACGAAAAGGAGCAAGAACAAAUGCAGUCCUACAACCAGCGCAUGAUUGAGCUGCUGAAGAACAGGCAGCAGCAGGAGAAAACCCGGCUGCCAAAAAUCCAGCGUAAUGAGGCAAAGACUCGCAUGACAAUGUUCAAGAAGAGUCUGCGCAUCAAUUUGACGGGCAGCGCCUCAGAGGACAGAGACAAGGUCAAGCAGUUUUCUCAGCAGGAGCAGAAGCGGCAGAAGGCAGAGAGGCAGCAUCAGCAGCAAAAACACGAGAACCAGCUGAAGGAGAUGAUGGGCCAGUGCGAAAGCAACAUCAGGGAGCUGCAGCAGCUGCAGAAUGAAAAGUGCCACAUGCUGAUUGAGAAUGAGACUCAGAGGCUGAAGCAUCUGGAUGAGCAGCAUGCAAAGCAGAUGAAGGAGUGGAGGGAGCAGCUGAGAGUCAGGAAGAAGGAAAUUGAGGAUGAGCUGAGCGCAAAGAAGAGGGACCAGGAAGCUUUCUUCAUGAUGAAAGAGAGCAUCGAUAAUUCAAACCCCAGCUCUCCCCACAAACUCUCCAAGUUUGUGCCUUACUUGGACUCGUCCACCGUAUGAACAGAGUUGCGGUGACGUUGCAUCUACCUGAGUUCAACACACAGAAACGGCACAGGAGUGUGUUCCAGAUGCCUGCUGCUCCUGGUUUCAUUUGCUUUAUUAGGAAUGACAAAACCCCAAACUUUCCUUGGAUUUCUAUGUUGCUUUAGUAAAUAUUUAUGUUGUAGCUAAAUUUUUAUUUUAUCUUUAGUUUUAUAAAGACCA